AGCAUGGGCAGUGUGCUAGCUGCCGCCUCCCCCACGUCCACCCCGGCUGCAGCUGGAGUGGGCCAAGGGGUGCCGGGGUUGGUUUCGGUGCCACCGGGUUUCACCAUGCCCGCUGUGUCUCCCGUCUCUCCAUCGUCAGAGCUGCAGAUAACAGACGCCACGCAGCCGUCACCGCUCCCCAACCCGGGCACGUACGAGGAGUGCCAUCGCAAAUGUAAAGAGGUGUUCCCUCUACAGAUGGAAGGUGUGCGGUUAGUGGUGAACAAGGGCUUGAGUAACCACUUCCAGGUCAGUCACACCAUCACGCUAAGCACGCUGGGAGACUCCGGAUAUCGUUUUGGCUCCACGUACGUCGGCAGUAAACAGACAGGACCUACCGAGUCUUUUCCCGUCAUGGUUGGUGAUAUGGAUAACACAGGCAGCCUCAACGCCCAAAUCAUCCACCAGCUUACCUCUGCCGUCCGCUCCAAAAUAGCCCUCCAGACCCAGCAGCACAAGUUCGUCAACUGGCAAUGUGACCUGGAGUACCGCGGCGCUGACUUCACCACCGCACUGACGCUGGGAAACCCUGACGUCCUCGUCGGCUCCGGAAUUGUCGUAGCUCAUUAUCUCCAGUCCAUCACGCCCGCGCUCGCACUUGGUGGCGAACUCGUAUACCACCGGCGACCGGGUGAGGAAGGAACGGUCACAUCCUUCCUGGGAAGGUAUACAGGUGACAACUACGUGGCCACACUGACAAUGGGAGGAGCCGGAUGUCACGCUACAUAUUAUCAUAAAGCCAACGAGCAGUUGCAGGUAGGUGUGGAGUUUGAAGCCAGCACGCGAAUGAAAGAGACCACGACAUCUUUGGGUUACCAGCUGGAUGUGCCCAAAGCCAACUUGCUCUUUAAAGGUACCGUGGACAGCAACUGGGUGGUAGGUGCCACGCUAGAGAAAAAACUGCCUCCCCUGCCGCUCACCAUGGCGCUCGGAGCGUUCCUCAACCACCGCAAAAACAAGUUCCAGUGCGGCUUUAGCGUUAUUAUCGGUUAG